AUGACGAAUGGGACACCCUACGGUCUAGUGGACGACAAACAGUCUGUGUGUUUAGUGUGCAGAGACUCAGAGAAACACGUCAAUCACACAUUCAGACCCAUCAGUGAAGUGCUUUCAUCUCAUAAGGAGGAACUAAAUACAGCACUGACAUCCCUACAAAACAAACUCAAACAUGCAGAAGAAAUGAAAACAGAGUGUAAUAAAACAGUUCAACACAUCAAGUCUCAAGCUGAGCACACAGAGCGUCAGAUUAAAGAGGAGUUUGAAAAGCUUCAUCAGUUUCUCAGAGAUGAAGAAGAAGCUACAAUCACUGCACUGAGAGAAGAAGAGGAGCAGAAGAACCGGAUGAUGAAGGAGAAGCUGGAGGAGAUGAACAGACACAUCUCAGCUCUUUCACACACAAUCAAAGACACUGAGGAGAUGAUGAAAGCCAAUGACGUCUGCUUUCUGAAGAACUUUAACAUCACGAUGGGAAGAGUCCAGAUCUCACAGCCGGAUCCACAGAUGACAGCUAAAUACUCCCCAAAGGCUCUUUUAGGAGCCACACCACUUAGCGUCUUUGGCUUU